GAACAAGGAUUAGCAAUUUCGAAGGUUUUGUAGAUAAUUCUUGUAUGAAUUCUGAUGUGUCAUUCAUUUAUGCGAGAAUCUGCCAAUCGCUAAAAAAUAUCAACCCCCGACGUGAGUGAGAGGAGUGUAACAUCAAUGGAGGUUUGUAUUGUAUAUUAUUUGUACGCAUGCGUGUGUACUGCGUCAACUCGGCGGAUGGCGUAGAUUACGGCAUCGCUGACGCUGAAAUCGUAAUAUGGUAGCCCCCACUGCUUCCUCUGUAGUGCAGAACUUAGGGGCUGAAGCCAAAGCCAUUGACAAUUCAUUCGCGAUGAGUAACGCGCGGUGCUACGCAGUCAUGCCGGGCCCCAAGCCCUUGCCUAUAUUCGGCAAUAGUUGGCGGUUUGCUAUAGGCAAGAAUCCUUGGAAAACUCGCGCUUUGGACAUUUCUCUUUGGUUCUUAAGAGCCUUGGCAGGCGCCGGGGGAGCGGCUAAAGUGUCAAAACUGUUUGGACAUCCCGAUCUGGUAUUUCCGUUCUGUGCCGAGGAAACGGCAAAGAUUUACAGACGUGAAGACUCAAUGCCGCACAGAGCAAAAGCACCGUGCCUCAGCCAUUAUAAGCAUGAUUUGAGAAAGGAUUUCUUUGGAAAUGAACCCGGUCUUAUUGGAGUACAUGGCGAGCCGUGGUCUAGAUUUAGAUCUAAAGUAUCCAAAGCAUUGAUAGCGCCGGAGGCAGCAAGGGCUGCGGUUCCAGAUUUAGAAUAUGUGACCGACGAUUUCGUACACAGAAUGGAAUGCAUUCUCGACGAUAAUCGUGAGCUGCCGAAAGAUUUUCUCACGGAACUCUACAAAUGGGCCCUUGAGUCUGUGGGUGCUUGGGCACUGGGGACAAGAUUGGGAUGCCUACAAGAUAACGAUGCGGACGCGAAACAAAUCAUUAAAUGUAUUCACGGCUUCUUCCAUAGUGUUCCUGUAUUAGAACUUUCAGCACCAUUGUGGCGAAUAUAUUCUACACCGGAAUAUAAAACAUACGUCGAAGCUCUAGACACUUUUACAUCACUCUGUUUGAAGAGAUUGACUGAUAAAGGCAUAUGUUCGCAAAUAGCGAAAGCUUCUGGUGAAAAGGUGGCCACUAUAUUAGCUUUGGAUCUACUGUUGGUCGGUGUAGACACAACAGCGGCUGCAGCAGCAAGUACUAUUUAUUUGUUGGCUAAUAAUGAAAGAGCACAAAGAAAAUUACAGACUGAACUGGACAAAAAUUUGCCAACAGAUAGAGGAAUGACUAGCAAGGACUUGGACAAGUUGCAAUAUCUCAAAGCUUGUAUCAAAGAAUCGCUAAGAAUGAAACCCGUCAUUCUGGGAAAUGGAAGAUGCAUUCAAUCUGAUGCCGUGAUCUCUGGAUACGAAGUUCCCAAAGGGUCUCACAUAGUAUUCCCGCAUUACAUCCUAUCGAACGAGGAUAGAUACUUCCCAUCACCAAAGGAUUACGUUCCCGAAAGAUGGCUAAGAGACAAUGAGAUUUCGAAUACGGAGGAUAUGAAAGAAGGAUCGAUAGGUGAUGCCAAAGCUUCGUGUCCCUAUACCCGAGCUAUGGAAGUAUGUCGCAGGCAAAAGGAAGUAGGGAUACACCCAUUCGCAUCGCUUCCUUUCGGCUUCGGCCGUCGUAUGUGUAUCGGGAAAAGAUUUGCUGAAGCUGAAUUGCAACUUCUAUUAGCUAAGGUAUUCCAUAAAUACAACGUGUCAUGGCGUUUCGGGGAGCUAACCUACAGCGUGACGCCGACAUACGUACCAAACGAACCGUUGCAGUUCGCUCUACACAAGAGAAACGGUACCAACUCUAGCCUGUAAUCAUCUAUGUUAAACAGUACUUAAUGUCGGAAGACGUAGAAUUAACUGCCAAAGCUUUUUUACAAAGA